CCUCCAUAGUAUCCAAGACAUCUUCAAGGAGCGGUGUCUCAGGAAGGAGCGUCCAUUAUUAAGGACUCCCAGCACCCAGGACAUGCCCUUUUCUCACGGUUACCAUCAGGUAGGAGGUACAGAAGCCUGAAGGCACACACUCAGCGAUUCAGGAACAGCUUCUUCCCUCUGCCAUCUGAUUGCUAAAUGGACGUUGAACCCUUGGACAUUACCUCACUUUUUUAAUGUUAUUUCUGUAUUUUCUCCACUUUUAAUCUAUUUAAUACACAUAUAUAGACAGUGUAAUAGAUUUACUUGCUUAUUUUUGUCUUUCUAUAUCGCAUCGAACGGCUGCUGCUAAGGGGGCGUGGAAAUCGGAAAUGCUUUCCUAAUAUGGGCAGUGACGUCAGCCGUGACUCAGCGCUGGGAAUCCCCACUCGCCUCCUUGUCGGACACGUGUUUCAGUCGCAGUCUGUGUCCCGGCAGAGCGUGGAUCCCUUCUGUACCUUCGCCCUGAAGUUAGGCUGAUUGAGGCUUUGGCUGCGAAACUUCCACAUUCUAAAACCGGAACGAAAUUGAGGGACUGAGGUGAUGAAGGAGGAGAUCGGAGCUGGGGUGGUCUUCCUGACCAAUCUGGUGAAGCGGCGCAGUUGCCUGGGCCGUGAGAAGAUCGAGGAGUUUGCUGAGAAGCUUGCUGGGGUCCUCCAGCACUCCUACCAGGGCCACUGGUACCCAGCUAACCCCAGCAAAGGGCAGGCCUACAGGUGUAUCCGUAUAAACGGGAGCCAGCGGAGGGACCCGGUAUUGUUGCUUGCCUGUCAGGAAUGCAAUGUGGAUUACAGCCAGCUGCAGCUUCCACAGGAGAUCACGCUGUGGAUCGACCCCCAGGAAGUGUGGUGUCGAUCGGGAGAACGGAGCCAGCCCUUCACUGUCGCUCGCUUUGACAAGGAUACUGAGAUGGGAAGAAGAGCUGAUGGUGCAGACAGAUGCAGAGAGUCCGAUCGGAGUCUCCCUGAAUCCAGCAGCGAGGGAACAUCUGAUGAGGAGGACCAGCCAGCCUCCGAGACAGCAUCACUCAAACCUCUGGAAUGGUUCCAACACAAUACCCGUCAGGUGAACAACAGGGUCCCAACGACACACCUGUGCGACCCCCAAUAACCCUCCCCAUCUCCAUAACAACACGACAGCCCACCCCA